AAAUAUUUCUUUAAUUAAAAAAAUCGAAGAACAUUAAGAUGUACUAAUUUCUAAUUUAAAAAAAAUCAAUUGCGUGGGUGUACCCAAAUAUUCCUUUUGUAGGCGCACUACAAUUACUCAAAAUUGAAAAAAGGUAAACUGGGCUAGCGGUAGUGGGUUUUUUUAAUUUUUAUGGGGAAAUCUCUUCCUUCACCAAAUAGAAUUCAAGAUUUUGCGAGUAGAAUUAUCAGUUCGAAUAGAAUCCAGCAGGGCCCGACCCGAAUAAAAGCCCCACCCAGCAGAAUCAGGUCAAAGGCGGUGGUCAACGGCGGCGAAUCAUCAUCGGAGCAAAGGCUGUUGAAGAAGAAUAAGAAUAUUAUGGAAGAAGUAGGUUCUAAUUCCAAUUCGAGUACAUCCAGGAGGGUCCCACUUGCUGACGUGGUGGCUGAUUGUGUUAAGAGGUGGUUCCAGGAUACACUUAAGGAGGCUAAAGCUGGUGAUACUAAUAUGCAAGUCCUUGUUGGUCAGAUGUAUUUUAGUGGUUAUGGUAUUUCCAGAGAUGCACAUAAGGGAAGAGCUUGGAUUAGCCGAGCUUCUAAGAGUCGGUCAUCGGCAUGGAAAGUGAGUGAUAAACGCCCAGGCUAUAAUGCCAGUGAUUCUGAUUCUGAUGAUACUGUGGGGGACGCCAAGCAAAAUUGAAGCUCUUUUCAUCCGUAAAACAAGCUAUGGCAUCUGAAUCUUGGUGCUAUUCCUAUUCCAGCCGCCAAUCCCCUGUAGUUUGGUGACAGACGUCGAACUGGGUUUACUGUUCUGAUCUCCGUGAUCAUUUUUCUUUUUAAAAAAAAAUCUAAGUACUCGAUGUCCAUAGUGUUAUUUUGUCCGACUGGACUGUUAGCAAAUGACAUUAUUUAUCAUUAGAUGAUUUUCUGUGGCAUGGUGGUUUGAUCUUGUAAUUCUGGCUUAACUGGAAGAAAACCUAAAAGAUAAUGAUUCUUUGUUUAGUUCGUCAAGCCAGCUUCAGUGGA